AUGAACAACGACAAAUACAACUUCGAUGAUAUCACACCUCUGCCGGUUUCAGAUGAGGCUCCUGAGACCAAGGAUGUGGUUUUGUGUAAGAUCAUGUACACGGUGGAGUUUCAGACUGUGUUUUCGUACCUCCGUGCCUUGAUGGCGAAAGACGAACUCUCUGAGAGAGCCAUGUACGUUGCGUGUUGCGCCAUCUCGAUCGUGCCAGCCCACUACACCGUCUGGGAGUACAAGUACCGGAUUGUGGAGAAGCUUGUCUACGAAUGCAAGUACGACGUGGAUGAGGAGCUGAAGUGGUGUGCAGACUUGGCACUGAAUAAUGAGAAAAACUACCAGAUCUGGAACUAUCGUGAGAGGGUCAUUGAAUUGAAGAUUAAGCACGGCCUGGGUGGUGAUAAACUACAGUACGACCUGGACGGUGAGUAUGAGGUUGUACGUCAGAUGCUAGACAGCGAUGAGAAAAACUACCAUGUGUGGUCGCACAAACGCUGGAUUGUGUCGUAUUUUGACCUCUUCCGAAGCGACAGAGAGUUGGCGUACACGCAGGAGCUUAUAGAUAGAGAUGUGAGGAACAACUCUGCGUGGAACUUCCGACAUUUGGUGGUGUUUGGCGAUGAGUCGCCGCUAGAGAAUGGACGGCUAACGAGUGAGGUCGAGUUUGCUAAGCAGUACAUCGCCAGCUCGAUCACGAAUCCUUCGUCGUGGAACUACCUCAAGUUCUUGUACUCUUUUUGCACCAAGGCUCGGGCUUUGGGCGAACCGGAAGCCUGUGCCUGCGUUGCAUUGAUCAGAACGCUGGCCAGCGAGUACAGCUGCAACGAGAACCUGGAUGAUGAUUUCAGCAAGGUGCUUGAGGAGCAGCGUCUCUCCGUGCCGGCGUUCGAGCUUCUGGGGGAUAUCUACAGAGACGAGGGCAAGAUGGAGCAGAUGAGGAAGGUGUAUCGCCUCCUUGGUGAGGAGCUCGAUCCCGUGAGGAGGAACUAUUGGGCCUAUAGAACUUCCCUGUGCCAAACGGGGUAA